AACACGAUCGUUUAAAAUACAGUGGACUCAGCAAAUAUAGAUCUUACAGGUAGGAGCACACCCCUCCUCCGCAACACAACAUCUAGUUUAUCCCUCGUUCUUCUCCUCCUCCAUGGGUCCUACCUUUGGAGUGGGUCACGUGGUUCUGCUCUUACAAAUAACUCGCAGUAAAGUAGAGACCAAAUCAGAGAACAGUUAUAUUAGGCAUUAUCUGCGGCAGCAGCUAUCUCCAGAUACAGACAAGGCACAGUGACACGUCCAAACGCGGAGAGGACAGCUACAAGUUUUUCGGGUUUCGCAGACGCGUUGAAGUUUGGAUUCUGGGCUAAAAUCAAGAAAGAAGAGACUGGGAACUUCCACGGCGAUAUUCAAUCAAGUCACUUGGAAAAGAGGGUUCCUGACUUUAUCACUAACUGCCCUUAUCUGGAGUGAAUUCCUUUUUCUGAGGCCGCUGCUCACGAAACUGUUGCAUUGGAGAUUUUGGACUUUAUCGAAGCUUUCACUGCCAUUUGGGCUAAUUUUAAGAUUUCAAAACUUGAAAGGAUAGCUUAGGCAUUGGAUACAUUAUGUAUUCGAGUCUGGCUUUAUCUUCCAACCCGUCCCCCUACGCACACGAUUCCGACUACAUCCAUCCGUCCGCCAGCUCACCUGUGUAUGUGCCCACCACCCGUGUCCCUGCCAUGCUCCAGACCCUGCCCUACCUACAGACGUGUGAGUCCACGCAUCAAGCCCACGGGCUCGGCAGUCACCACGUAUGGCCACAGACUGGCACGGAGAAUUCCUCUUUCAACCCGGGCAGCCCUCAUCCGCCUCCCGGUUUCUCUUAUUCGCACAGCCCGCCGGUAAGCAGCAGCACCGGCAGGGACGCCGCGUACCAGAAUCCGCUGGUGUUGGGUAACAGCGGCCGGGCAGAUCAAUAUGGAAGUGCACUGGUGCGCUCCGUCGGCGGCUCGUACUCUAGUCCGUACGCGGCCUACAUGAGCCCGGAGAUGGCAACUUCAUGGACGCCAGGGCCCUUCGAUGGCGGCAUGAUCGGUCUUCAGGGACGCCAUGGAACUCUACCGGGAAGGAGGUCCAGUUUAGACAUGCUGGAAGAGCUGCCGGGUGAAGGGCGCGAGUGUGUGAACUGCGGCUCCAUCUCAACGCCGCUGUGGAGGAGAGACGGGACCGGACAUUACCUGUGCAAUGCGUGCGGCCUCUACCACAAGAUGAACGGCAUCAAUCGACCCCUAAUCAAACCACAGAAACGCCUGCAAAGCACGUCACGACGAGCAGGUCUGUGUUGCACUAACUGUCAUACUAGUACGACCACCCUGUGGAGGAGAAACGCAGAGGGAGAGCCCGUCUGCAACGCCUGCGGACUGUACAUGAAGCUCCACGGGAUACCAAGGCCAUUAGCAAUGAAGAAAGAAAGCAUUCAGACGAGAAAACGCAAACCAAAGAUGGCCAAAACCAAAGCAUCCUCAGGGUCAACAGUGUCUGGCGCUGCAUCUCCCACUUCAUUGCCUGCAUCAGAGAACGCCUCUACAAUAAAGAGCGAACCCAAUAUCGCAGCUUCACCAUAUGCAGGCCAAACUGUUGUCUCAGUCGCACAAGCAUCGACACAUUUGGACAGUACCAGUUCAGGACAUGUGGACAUCAAAUAUGAAGACUACACAUACACCCCAAUGUCAAUCGCCCCACAGAAUUCCUGGUGUGCACUGUCCCAAGCGUGAUGUGAGCUCACUACCUUUUCUAAACCUCUCCAGUGCAUUCUGGGAAAAAAGACUUUUAACAAGAUCUACCUAAUAGAACCUUUACACAAAUGUAGAGAGACGGAGCUUAGGAAUACAAGAGACUGACUGUAAUUUGUGCUAAUUCCGCCAAAAUACGGCGGGCGACAAGCAGCGACUCGGCAACAGUUCUCAAGUUCCUUAAGCAAUGAUCGGGAGGACAAAAAACAUGCUUUUUAUGGCUUCUGAACAUGUUUCAUGGCUUAGAUGUUAAUGAUUAACUUUUAAGAUACAUUAUUUAUGUUGAGAUAAGAAUGGUGGAGGCACACAAGUCUCUCCCAUAAUUCCCCUUAUCCUUCAGGGAAUGCGUCUUUGUGGUCGUUAUGAGUUUAGAUCGCAUACUUUCCCUGGAUGAGGCUUUUAAAAGUUUCAUUGUUGUCUUUGCUGAUUCCAGAAACUUUUAAUUAAUGCUGUAUUGUAUUCCUCCGAUGAUCCAAAGUGCAAUGACCCUUGCUUUUCAGCAAAUUUUGAAAAGGGGCACAUUUAUAUUAAUUGUUCGAAAUUUUGUGUUUUGUUUUGUCUGAAUAUGUUAACCUAAAUUUAUUUGCUGUAUUUUGUUGAUAUAUAUUGGAAUUAUAUCAUUGUUUUAUUGCAUAUAAAAUUGGCAAACAUCUGA